CAGAUCGGCACAGAAAACAGCCGGCCAGAAGUCACGGCACUGCGGUAUCCUGUAAGUCUCGGCGACAGGACACCAAAGCUCUCGACAUCCCGCUAGAAACCGACGCAGGGACAGAGGCAAUCCAGCUCACAGUCCGACGCCUACGCCGGCUAGCAGGAUACCCAGCAGAAAAAAAGCAUCCGUCGUCUUGUCUCGGUGCCCCCUCUGAUGUAGCUAGAGAUGGUGGUGGACGCAGAGCUGGUCUUGCUUGUAUAAGUCGUAGUUCGUAUUAGAAAAGUAUUUUCUGAGAUGGUGUUUGAAAGGGUAACAUUUACGAAUACGUUUGUAUGACACUCUUUAAUUUUGUGAACAACAGAUGUUAAAAAAAUAAUAAUAAUAAUAAUUGAGGCUGUUGGGAAGUCGCGCGACUUGGUGACGAGGAACGUAUGCGUCCGAGGGGAAAGUCAGGAACCAACUUCGCUAAACUAGCAGGUUUCGAGCCUUGUGCUGGCAAUGGGGGACAUGAAGACCCCAGACUUUGAUGAUCUGCUGGCAGCUUUUGACAUUCCUGAUAUUGAUGCCAAAGAGGCCAUUCAAUCAAGUCCAGAGGAGGAACGGGAUGAGGUGGGGACCAAUGCAGAUGAGCGAGAGAGCGAGUCUCCUUCGUGCUUUCCCUGCCCUCCUGCCUCACAUGGUGACCCUCCUGUGGUCAGUGUUAUUGUGAAGAACACAGUGCGGUCUGAGUCUUUUGAAGAGGACGAGAAGUCUGUAAUGGAUAAAACAGACGAUCCCUCAGGCAGUGGCUUAAGUGUUCAGGUCAAGGUGGGUGACUUCACCUCACAGCUUGGUCUCAAAAUGCCUGCUGAUGCCCCUGUGGAGCCCCAGAUUUCUAAUGGCUUUGAGGGAUCUGUCCCCGGGGAUCAGGGACAGUCCAACACAGAGCCAUGGCACCCUCGUUCCCCAUUGAGGUCCACACUGAAGGCUAAUAAGGGUGAAAGCGAUAAAGGAGCUGAGGUGGGAUCGGUCCAGCACACAACUGAUGUCAUGAACAGUUUGAAGCCCCCCCUCUACCUCCAAUCUUUGACUAGUGCUGGUCACAACUCCUCAACUCCUCCCUCCCUACAAUCAGUCAGCCCUCACCUUUCUCACUCCCCCCAGAAGAAGGAAACUUGUCUCCUCAGUAAUCCAUCACCCUCCCCUUUACCAAAAAAUGGGAGUAUUCAGGCUGGAAUUAAGCAUGUUAUGCACUCAGAUGAAGAUGACUCAGAACCAGACUUAGGAAGUCCACUGGUGAUCCAGGAGAGCCCAGAACCUAUAAUGUCCUCCCCUCCCAAAUUUAAACACAGAGCAAAACUACGGUCUGAAGUGCUUGGGUCUCCUGAAACCACUUCCUGUCUUGUUUCUCAUCCUCCUCGUCUGCCUUCUCUGGCACCUGCAAAACCUAAACCCAGAUGUGAGGGGGAGAGGCGACCUACCACCCCCAGUUCUCCCUCCACAGCUCCUCAUCCACAGACCCCCCAGGGCUGCCUCCCCUCUCUCAGUAGGGGCUCUGCAUCAGUCCAAGAGGAGAAAUAUCCAGAGCAUGUGAUCGAUGAAAGGGACUCGCCUGAGAGCCCACCGCCCAGUGAGACAGGUCUUAUAGUCCCCAAGAGAAGCAGCAGCCCUAAUUCUGCCCAAACAGCAGCGAACAUCAAGGACGUCCAUCCCCAAGAGGAGCUCAUGGAAAGUGAACCCAGAGAAGAGGAAAGGCCAGGUGGCACUGAGGAGCUGAGUGUAAAGGUGUCUGGAGAUGGAGAAAAUUUGAAUGAGGAGAGCUGUGGCGCUGCCGCUAAGGAUCCUGGGUCUGCUAGUGCUGCAGAGACGGCUUUAUCUCCAUUGCGUCCUCUCAAAGUUAAAAUCAAAAUGCCUAAAGGCGGCAUCACAAGGACUGUGACUGGUGUUGCAGCUAAAAGAAGUGGGAAAGCUACUACCAAGGGUGUAAAUAGUUCAAAACCUUCACCAGAACUUCAUAACACAAGAUCCAGGAGGGAGUUAUCACAGCAGUCUCAGUUGCCUGCAAUGACAAUGCUCCAAGUUGCCUGUGCCGCAACGCUGGAAGGUGCCAGUAUGGUCAAAGACAAAACCGCAGUGGACACCAAGCCUAAAGUUUCCCCAACAGCUGUAAGCAUCACCAAAGCAGCAGCCCUGCCUUCCAUCUCUGUGUCCACUCCCAGAGUCAGCACGGGUGGGAUCAACCCUCGCAGCCUGGGUCAGAAAACUGUGAACAGUGGGAUGGCACUUCCUGCACCUUCACCUCUGCUCACACCUCAAAGUGGCAGCAAACCAGCCUCUAUAGUUAACAGCACUGGGGCAAUCAUAUCCAAGACUCAGACCAACCUGGUAGAAGCUUUCAACAAGAUCCUCAACAACAAGAACCUGCUGCCCUGUUAUAAACCAGAUCUGAGCUCACCGCUUCCUGCAGAGUGGGGCCUUCCUCUACCUGCUCAGGGUUACCGCUGUUUGGAGUGCGGUGAUGCCUUUGCCCUCGAGCAGAGCUUGGCGCGGCACUACAAUCGGCGCUCGCUGAGGAUUGAGGUGACCUGUAAUCACUGCGCCAAGCGGUUAGCCUUCUACAACAAAUGUAGCCUGUUGUUACACGCCAGAGAGCACAAGGAGAGAGGCCUGAUCAUGCAGUGUUCCCACCUUGUCAUGAAACCUGUACCUGUGGAGCAGAUGAUUGGCCAGCAGGAACCCACAGCAACUGGACUGUCCUCAUCCUUUUUAGCCCAGGCCACCCCAAACCCAACACCCCAGCCACAUCAAGCAGUAUCCAAGAAGAAGGCUGAGACAGUGCAGUAUCUGAGUAAUAAAUGUCCUGAGUGUCAGGUUCAGUUUAGCAGCAAAGAAGAGGUGGCCGAGCAUUUCCAAGAAAUCAAACCAGCACAAACCUCUUCAUGCACAGAGUGUUCCCCGCCCAUGCUCCUGCCCAACAGCUGCAGUGCAGCAGCUCAUCAACGCAUCCACCAAGGCUGCCCACCGCAUGUCUGCCCGGAGUGUGGGGGCACGGCCAAGCAGCCGCUAUUUCAGACACACCUUGACGAGACCUGUUUACACUUUGCACGCCGCAUUGGAUACAGAUGUUCCAGCUGCCUGGUGGUUUUUGGAGGACUUAACUCAGUGAAGUCUCACAUCCAACAGGCUCAUUGUGAUAUGUUCCACAAAUGCCCUACCUGUCCCAUGGCUUUCAAAUCUACUCCGAGCAUACAGAACCACAUCAGUGCCCAACACCCAACGCUCACUGAAGGACAGACCAUGUCAAUCUAUAAAUGUGUCAUGUGUGACACAGUUUUUACAAACAAGACCCUGCUGUACAUCCACUUUGACACCCAUUUAACCAACCAGAAGGUGCAUGUGUUUAAAUGCUCUGAGUGCACCAAGUUGUUUUCUCAAAGGAAUUCCCUUCUGGACCAUUUUAAGACCCAUAAGACUGCCACAUUAAAAAAAGAGUUGCCUUCAGCUCCAGCUGCUGCCUCUCGUUCACGGCCUUCAGUGAAGCUGGAGAGCUCAGAUGGAGAGGAAGAAGAGACGGUGAAGACAGAGAGGAUGAAGACCCCCUCAGUGUGGAAGUGUGCGCCUUGCCAUGCACGCUACACAGACCGGGAAGACUACAUUACCCAUAUGGCUGAACAACAUAACAAGAAACUGAAGAAGUUUCCUUGUAACAAGUGUGAGAGCUCCUUCACCACCACCUCCAGUAUGAGACGUCACAGCAGAGACAAACACAAAGUCAUGAAUCGUUGCUUUCGCUGCCAUGAGGGAAAGAAAACAUUCAGCAGCAGAGCGAUGUUGGAGAGGCAUAUUCAGCUAAGACACAGCAUGGACCCACUGAGCCAGGACACACUAAUGUCACAGGGAGGCGGAGAUGAGGCCGACAGUUCCUCAGAACAGGACGGCAGUUCUGGGGCUCGCCGGAGACGGAGAGGGGCCGUGAAGAUGGAGCAGGACGAAGAGUCCACAGAUGGAGUGGGUCCAGUGAAGAAGUUGCGGUCGUCCUCUACUGCUCCUGCCACCUACUCCCUCCCUGAGUCUGGGUACCGCUGUGCGCCUUGCGGCUUCACCACAGAGGACCAGGCAACGUUCCUGGAUCAUAUCGGCCAGCACCGGCGAGGAGGGACGGAGGGCGGCGGCGGUGGUCAACAGUGUCUACAGUGUGGUGCCUGUUUCACAUCCAAAUCCUCCCUGUCACGCCAUCGCUUCAUCACCCACAAAGUCAAAGCUGCAUCCACUGACAACCAGCAAUCCCUCAGCGUGCACCCAGCACCUUCCCCUGGUAACAGCAGGAACCAUGACGAUAAGAGUUCUCUGGACGGUUCUGCACCAGCAUCGCCCUCCUCUCAGUCCUCCAUAGCUCAGGGGAAGGAAGAGGAGGGCACACUUGCAUGUAGGGUGUGCGGCAAACAAUUUGAAAAGGCAACAGAUCUGACUACGCACUUCAGAACUCACGGUAUGGCUUUUAUCAACGCAAGGAACGCCGGAAAAACUCCCUAAGACUCCAGAUAUGUGGGGAAGAGCCGAGGUGAUGACAGAAUAUUUGCAAGUGCCUUUUUUUUUUUAAAUUUUUUUUUUUACCCGUCGCCUUGUCAUCAAAGUGUGGGUUAGCACACCUAUGCACUAAUUUAACCAAAGAACAGUGGUAGAACGGAGUUUGCAUGUGAAAUAGGUUGUGAAACAAUCAAAUGUGAUUUUCACUGGUGGAGAUACGAUUAACUCAGGAUCUAAUGCUGCAUUUCUGUGUUCAGUAAUGUUACUAACAAGAUGAGAGCUAGUUCCCAGUCAGUGAGUAGUUCCGUCGACACAAUGUGCCUGUAGAGAAUGUAGAGAACUGUGAUCCUACUGUGAUUAUGAUGGCUGUUUCAUUGAAUGUCUAUAGACAGCGAUGGAAUGUCCAUUUUGAAUUUGAUAUUAUCUUCCUACUGAAGAUGAUUCAAUGGUAGUUCUCUGUAAGUCCUUUUUUUUGUUGUUGAUUUUUUAAAUAAGCAUUGCAGCGGUUUAGAAUAUUAUAACUGAGUUACUUUGUGUAUAGUUUAUUGCCAGCCAUUGAUUCCCACCUAUAAAUGCAGCCAUUGGCUUCUGUACAUUUUAGUAUAGUGAGUCUUGCUUAAAAGAGGUAACCUAUCUUUUUGCCUUUUCACGUACAGUGUAUCCUUUCUGAGCUGCAAUAGCGGGAUAUUAACACAAAAAUACUUAACUUUGGAAGAUACCUACUUUAAUUUAAAACUCUGACUACUGAAACUUAAAGUUUGGAAUAUAUUUUUGCACAGAAUGAAGACAGUGGAUUUUAUCCCCCAUCAUACAUUAGGCCAGUAUGGACAGGAGAGAUAAUUACAGUCUAUGCACAUAGGGGUGUGUCAGUAAAAUGCCCUGCGUCCCUGCAUGUUUAUAUGAAUGUGGACCAAUGAGGAUUACAAUCAAAAAACUUAAACAAUGCUUUUGGAAAUGGUCAGCAAUAAUCUGAAGUGUACACAAUUUGCAGUCAAUGGGGUAAAACGGAAAUGAAUGUUUUAAAUAGCUUUUUUUUUUUCUUUUUUUUUAAGUGGAAUGUACUGUAUUUACAUUAGAAUACCUGAUUUAUUUCUUCUCUAUAAGCAAGAGAUGGAAGUAAAAUAAUGUAUUUUGAUUUAUGGGAUGUGUUUGUAUUAACCUUGUGUUCUGAAAUUACUGUAAACAAAAGAUCAGUAUGUGGUUGUCUAUUCUUAUGCUUUCCUGAGAUAAGAACACCCUGUAUUUUUAGAUCAUUGUUCUGUAUAAAAUUGUGGAUGAUAUGAAAAGGUCUGAGAGGGGAAGAUUCGGUAGAGAUACCGUAAAGAUGUAGAGUGAUAUGUUUUAGUGUGUUAACUCUUUGUGCUGCUCAUGCCAUGUCUGGCUGAAAUAUCUCCGACCACCGGAUCCAUAGACUUAGCUUAUUACCCAUGCAUCUGCAUCACUGAGUUUUAAAGAACUAUCCCUUUUAAUGUGCUGUAGUCAUUAGUGACCUGGGUGUGCUUGUGUUUACUUUCUCAGGAGAUUAUCCAAUGCUUUCAUACAAUAAAAAUUAACACAUUGUUCGAUUUAA